CGUAUAUUAGCUACAUGCUACAUCGCUCUACACCUGUCGUCUCAAUCUAUAUAUUUGACCUCAUCAUCUUUCACGCUGUAAAACUGCUCAAGUUCCAAGCCCACCGACACGCCAUCGUCACGCGUCUCUGUCAUACUCAACUACACAAAUAGCCACCGACGCAGCCGCAAUGCCCGCCGCCGCAACUCUUCUCACACCAAUUGGAUACCAGCCAGGUGAUUGUGGCUACUGCAAAGGCGAUGAUUCAAGUGGCUCGUACUACGUGAUUACAAAUUCUCUAAGCGCCCAAGUAUACCAAGGCUUGAUUGACCGAGGAUGGAGAAGAUCAGGAAAUCUCAUAUACAAGCCUGAUGUGUAUCGAUCAUGCUGCCCGCACUACACAGUCAGACUACCUGCAAAAGAUCUAGUCACAAGUAGCAGUCAACGGAGAGCGUUAAACGUUUGGAACAAAUUUGUGCUUGGAGAAGAAUACAUCAAGGAGACCGCUAAACGAUUUCCCAAGACCAAAGAAGAGAAAGCCCGUCAAAGAAAUGGCUUCGAUCUGCUGCAUACAGUUCAUGAAGCCGAAGCUGACCAGCUCAAGCCCGUCGACUCUGCUCAUCGCUUUGAGGUUACUCUUGAGCCAGAUGACUGUACUGAAGAGAAGUUCCAGCUAUACAAGAACUAUCAGAUACACGUUCAUCAUGAUGAGCCCGAAGAGCUUACCAAGAAAGGCUUCGAACGCUUUCUUUGCAAGUCUCCUAUAGUGCGUCGGACCGUCAAGAAAGAAGGCAAAGAGCAACGCCUGGGGUCAUUUCAUCAAUGCUAUCGACUCGACGGCCGACUCAUUGCUAUUGGUGUGCUCGACCUUUUGCCGCAUGCAGUCAGUGGAGUAUACUUCAUCUACCAUCAAGACUUUGAAAAGUACAGCUUCGGCAAGCUCAGCGCCAUGAGAGAAGCUGCUCUUGCUCUUGAAGGUGGUUAUGAGUUCUACUACAUGGGCUACUACAUUCACGAGUGUAUCAAGAUGAGAUACAAGGGCGACUACAAGCCACAAUACGUCCUGGAUCCGGAGACCAACAAGUGGGAUCCUCUUGACGGAGAGGCACGCGAGCUGAUGGACCAGAAGAAAUACGUCUCUUUGUCACGAGAACACAAGCAAAGGAGGGGCGAGGAAGUAGUCGCGUAUCGACUGAACACUCCCUUGGAGGUAUCUGAGAGCUCGGAAGCUCUGUUCAGUAUGGGCAUGCCGGGUAUGAUGAGCCCCGAAGAAGUCGAAGAGCAGAUGGACCUUGACAGGAUACGCAUCCACAUCAACCAGGGCAUGACAGUGCACACCGAGGAUCUCGUGGCAUGGGAGGAUGGCGACAUCAACGACUCAAAAUCUAUUAAAGGCGUCGUUGGCAGAUAUGCUGCGAUGGUGGGACAUGAAGUGGCCAGAUUGGCUAUCCUAGACUUCUCAGGACAAUAACUGCUAUGGACGGAAUGAGCUUCGAGGAGAGUUAGCAACUAUGUUUUCUUCCACAACACACUCGAUCACUCGGUCUUCUGAUCAGCGCCUUCCCAAUCGAUGUGAUGGCGGCAUAAAAGAUGAUGACGCUGCAAGAAACAGGCAGUCGCCUUCGCCUCAGGUCCUUCCUGGUAAAUGGCGGAAACAACUGCAUCAAACAUACUCAGCGUUGACAUCUGACCUUGACCAGAUUACUAUCAUCAUUAGAUGUCCGAAUGCUUGAUACCUUAUCGAAAUCCAUCAGAAAGUAUACGUACAUUCAACAAAGAUGCCUGUAUCAAUUCAC